GACGCCAGUCGCGCCGGGAGGAGCAUACCUGCCGCUUCCCCCGCCGCCCGGUGCAUCUGGCUGAAGGGGACCUCGUUCAGACGGAGGACGGCGACAGCUCCGCGGAGUUGAAACGGGCGCGCGCCGUCCCGGGCACGGCCUCCCGGCGCAACGCGGGACGCUUUGGCGACUUCUUCUCCGACCUGCUCCCCCACCCCCACCCCCGCCCGCCUCCAGCCCGGCCAGGGAAAGGUGGGACGGCUCCGGCUCUAGUUACGGAAGCGGCCGGUACCCGGCGAGGAGGGUUCGAAAAUGCCUCGUGCGUUUCUAGUGAAGAAGACGUGCGUCUCCACGUGCAGGAGGAACUGGAGCGAGCUCCCCGACGAGGAGCGCGGAGAGAUCUAUGUGCCAGUCAGCCUAGGCUUCUGCCCACCACAGCCCUACAGGGAGCCAGAGCCAUCAGUGGCCGAACCCCCUUCUUGCCCCCUGGCUUUGGACAUGAGCCUUCAGGACCCCAGCUAUAGUGUGACCCCAGGACCCUGCGUGGUGGCCCAGCUGCCCUCCGAAGACACGAGCCGCCUGGCAGACCCACAGAGCAGGGACCAUGGCUUCCUGCGCACCAAGAUGAAGGUGACGCUGGGGGACACUCCCAGUGGAGGCCUCUUCCCCUGCCACAUCUGCCGGAAGGCCUUCGCGUACCAGCGCAUGCUGAAUCGCCACAUGAAGUGUCACAACGACGUCAAGAGGCACCUCUGCACCUACUGCGGGAAGGGCUUCAACGACACCUUUGACCUGAAGAGGCACGUGCGCACCCACACUGGUGUGCGGCCCUACAAAUGCAGCCUGUGUGACAAGGCCUUCACACAGCGCUGCUCUCUGGAGUCUCAUCUCAAGAAGAUCCACGGCGUGCAGCAGAAGUACGCAUACAAGGAGCGGCGGGCCAAGCUGUACGUGUGCGAGGAGUGCGGCUGCACAUCUGAGAGCCAGGAGGGCCACGUCCUGCACCUGAAGGAGCGCCACCCUGACAGCCCGCUGCUGCGCAAGACCUCCAAGAAGGUGGCCGUGGCCUUGCAGGACACCGUCACCUCCCUGCUGCAGAGCAGUCACCACCUCUGAGCAGUGGUGCCCUGGCUUGGGCAGCCCCGAGAAGGCGAGGGCCGCCUCCCUGCCGCCCGGCCAGCCCGCCCUCUGCGGCCUCCUGCCGGAGCGCCGGUGACCCGGCGCGGAGCCCGUGGGCACGCGUGCUCACUCGGGCCGGUGCUGACCUCUGCUCGCAUUUGCGUCGGUGUUUGGGGGGCAGAGGCCACUCUGAGCCCGGGCAGACAUGUGUAACUGUGGGACGGGGCGGGGCGGGCCAGGGCUGCCUUCGAUUUGAAGCAGCUUGGGUCCAGAGACAGGACUUCCUUCCCAGAGGAGGUACAUGAGGGCGAUCCUGUUGUCCUCUGCUUCUGGAGCAGCGGGUGGAUGGGGGACUGCUGGUCCCCCGUGGACGGCAAAGUCAGGCGCCCCGGCAGAGGGGACCCCUGCAAACAACAGCCGUACAGGAGCUGGUGGCGGCCCGCCCGGCCAUGUUCCUCGCGCUCAGGGCUGCAGGGGCGCUGCAGGGUGCUGCUCUUCGACAGGGAGAUGCACGCGUGUGCACAGCCGUGGACGUGUGCGCACGCGGAAGGCCUUGCCAUAUAUCACCUCAUUUUUAAGAAAUCAACUACAAGGUGCCAAGGAGGUUUUAUUUCCUUUUUUAAAAGAUGACAUAUGUACAGAUAGUAAUAUAUUUUUGGUGCCGAUGGCGACUGUUUUAAGAGAGGGUGGAGCUGGCUUUUCUCCUCCCCACGCAGUUCUAUUUAUCCUGGACGUUUCACGCCUCCUCUGCGCCUUGGCUCUGGGGUGGCUGCCCUGACCCACCCCUCAUACCUCCUGAGAUAUUUAACCUAAGACUUUCCUCCGGCCCUGCCUGGAGGAGGCUGUACUGCUCUCUGUUCUCCCUCUUCUGCCGGGACAGCCGUCACAUCUUCUGCUCUUCCCUCUCCGUGUCUCUCCCUCCCUCCCACAUCCUUUCAAGGCAAGGGUGACGGAGAGCCUCCUGAUAACAGACUUUUUGCGGAACAACUCACCAUUCCGGAGAUCCGGGGUGGGGGGUGUCCAGCUGCGGCUGCAGGGGUAAGCCGGUUGGGGUGAUGAGUCUGUGAUGCGCCCAGAGUCCACUGCCUGAAGUAACAGCAAGAGUGCGGGGCCAGGCUGCGAGGCCUGCUCUCUUCCUGGGAGAGUCAAAAACCCUAGGACGGGAACAAAAAAAUUGGGACAGAAUAAUAACCAGACAUAUCAGAAACUUCUAGAGGGAGGACAGUAUUAGAUGGUUAACAAGUUACAUUUGUAACCUUUUUUCUGAAUGUUUGGCAAAUGGCGAGGCUGGGUCUUGCGCACCUAAGGAGGGAGCCACCCCUGGGCUGGUUGGCUCCACCUGAGGGACUCUGCCAGGCUCCCUUGGCUUGGCUGGGCUUCCUGCUAAGAACACGAAAGGGGUGUGGGUCAAAAGGGAAAGACAGGCAGGGGCUGGAGCCAGCCUGCCGAAGAGCGAGAAGGCAAACUCGAAAGAGAACACAGAACAGAGCAGGUGAAGCCGCCCCGUGAAGCCAAAGCCCAGGCGGAACCAGCCUUGGCCUCUCCUGCCCGGAAAGAGCAGCAACCGCACAGUCCCCGGAUGCAGGGAAGGAGCCUUCUCUGACCUCCCUCAGAAUGUGUAUGGAUUGUUCUGGAAGGCUCUCAUUUUAGUUUACUUUAGAGUCUGUGGGAGCUGCUGUAUUCUGGAAGGUGUAUAGCAUAAACUAACAUUCUCUGGAAGCCUUGUCUUGUUUACAUUUCUGUAUCCCUGUGUUCAUUGCCUGUUCAUUGUUCAUCUCUGUGUUCAUUGCCUAUCUGAGGCAGUCACAAAGCUCUGUGCUGUCUGUUUUAUAACUUUCCCCUCAACUAUCAAAAUAAAGAACUAUCAUUUUCUGUG